AUGGAUGUCGAGGAGAGAAAAGAGCUGCUAAGUCUAAUAUUUGACAGCGAUAUUAUUUAUUAGAUAUCCUACAGCAUGUGUGUGAAUGCUUUAAAAAAAUCAGACAAGUUGAAACAAGAAGAAGACCUCUAUGUUAUUGAGAAAAAUCUUGCAGAAAUUAAUGGGUUUUUUAAAGAAAUAAAGAAAUAAAAUAAUUUUAGUAAUUACAUGAAUUUAUUGAGGUAUUUAGAAUAUGUUCAGAAGCCUAAGUAUUCUACAGUAUUCAAUUAUGAUGAUGAUUCUGAUUCUAUUUUUUUUAUAAUGAAAGGAUAGGUUUGCGUACUUUUGCCUGAUACAAAUUAUGAAUUCAAUAGAUAUUCUAUGGAUAUUAAAAGAAGUGCUUAAAAGAAAUUACAAAGCUUACAGAAUAGACAUAAAGAGCUAAAAAAUAUAUUUGAACAGCAUGACAAUCCAAAUUUUUCAAUUAAAAGAGUUUAUAAAAAUCCAAGUGAUGAUGAUGACGAUGAUGAUGGAGAUGAGUAAGAAGAUGAAGAAGCUUAAUAGCCUUGGGGAUACGAUAUACAAACCAUUAACUUAAUUCAUCCAUAAUUUUUCUGUGCUAAAGUCCUAAAAUAAAAUGAAUAUUUUGGUGAAAUUGGUGUAGAGUUUAAUAUACCAAGAUCAGCCACAAUAGUGUGUAAGACAGAUUGUGAAUUUGCAAUAUUACCUGCAAAAGCUUAUUCUACAGAGAUAAACAAUAAAUUUUAUUCAGAAGAUAGGUUUGUGUCUAGACUAAGAGAUAUAAACUAUAUGUUCAAAACUAUGAGCAAGCAUAUGAUAAAUAUAUUUGCUAGCUAAACACAUGUUUAAAUAUGCAAUAGUCACACAGAUAUUUUUAAAAUGAAUGAUACAGCUGAUUACAUAUAUUUUAUUGAGAAAGGAUAGGUUGAAAUUUAUCAAAACUAUUUUUACUAAGAUUUAAAAUUACCAAGUGAAGAUAUGGAUGUUAAUCCUAUUUAUUAAGAUCAGACACAAGUAAAUAGCAUUUCUGAAUUUCAGGUAUAUAAACUGAAAGCAGCUAUUUUAGAAAAGGGUUAGUAUUUUGGAGAAGAUGGCAUAAUUUAUAAGAGACAACAAGGAAUAAGAGUUACAUCAGCCUAUGCAAAAACUCAGUGCAUUUUUCUUAAAAUUAAAAAGGAUUUUUUCUAUAAUAAUUUCAAAGCUUUUAUUGAGUGUGACAAACUUAGCGAAAGUAUUAUCCAAGAAAAUCUAAAAACAAUAAAAAUGAAAACUUAGGAAAAUGAAGAAUACGAAUAAUAUUACUGUAGUUUAAUUAGCAAAAAGAUUAAAGAGUUAAAGCACUCUAAAGAUAAUGAUAAGAGAACAAAUACUCCUCAAAAUAACAGAUAAGAUACACAAAUUUCAGAAAUUAUGAAGGAAGAAGACGACAUUUUGAACACAAAAAAAAUGAAAAAAAAUUUGUUUGAGCUAUAUAAGGAAGAAAAGACAUGUUAAAUUUUUUAAAGCAAAAAUACACUAACUCCUAUAACAACCUAUAAAAGAGAUCAUUUGUAAAUUUCUCCUUUAUCCAUUUAGAAGAGAUCUACUUUAAAGUUUGAAAAUGAAAAUUAUAGCCAAUUUGAUAAUUUCGUUGAAGAUUAUUUAUACCCUGAAGUAAAUAUGAACUUAAACCCAAAUCUAUUUAUCAAGAAAAUGAAAAAAAAAUAUAAAAGUGGGAGAUCUGUUUCAUAAAUAACUUUAAAAACACCAAAAGAAUAACAUAACUUGGAAACUCCAAUAAACACUUACAAUUAAUUUACUGAAUCACACUCGUCUUUAAAAUUUAAAGGAUCUUAAACAUUUAAUAACACCCAAUAAAUUGUGAAUAAACCACAGACAAACAAGAACAAAAUACAAAAAGCCAGAUCAAAUUAGCAGACUCCUAUGAAAAUAAAUUCCCCAAAUCAUUCCAGAGCUUAAAGUGCUUUAAUCUAAAAUUUUAAAAAUUGCAUCGUUGAAUAAAAUCAAUAUCAUUAAAAUUAAAAUGACGCUAAUCAAAUUAAUUUAUCUAGAAAUGGGUAUCUUGGUAUUGAUCAUAAUGACUUUACUAUAAAAAUUGUACAAACAGGUGAUAUAGUUUAGGAUUUUUAAAGUCCACCAAAAAUAGCCAACUUCAUUGAAAGCUCAAACAAGCAGUAGUAACUAUAAUCAGCAGCAUAUAAUUAAGAUAAAUACAAUUAAUUUGAUAAACUUACUACUAAAAGCUCUUUGUAUUAUAUAAACACUAAAAGAAGUGCAAUCCAUCAUAAGUCUGCUUCUUAAGGAGGACCUUACAGUAUUACUCGCUCACUUAAAGAAGAUAGCAGAAACAACUAAAUAGAUAAAAAUAAUAACUUAAAUAAAUCUAGAAACUCUUAAUCUUAAUCGAUACUUUAUGAAACAAAAUAAAAAAACACUGUAAAAGAAAGAUAUGGGAUAGAUAGUAAAUUUUUGAUUAAAGAGAAGCUAAGUUUUCUUAUAAAUGCAAAAGAAAAAAUAAAUUAGCAUUCAUAAUAGUUAUAUAACAAACCAUUAAUUAAAUUCAAAAGCAUAACUACUGUACCUUACAAAACAGGCUAAAUACCAGUAAAUUAAAUAAAGAAAUUUUCAACUUUGAAUGCCCAGGAUUUAAUUAAAAGUAUAAACCAAAUAAACACAUAAAAUAAUAAUUUAAACAAUUCUAACAUUAAAUCUCCUCUUACUGCUAAAGUAAAAAAUAAUUAAUAAAACUCUAGUGUUUCUUCUUUCUUUACCUUCAUGUCUUAACCAAAAAGUAAUAUAUAGAAUAGUAAUUACUUAGGAAUUCAUAAAAAAAUAAACAGCUUUAACCUAUAAAAUUAAUGA